UCACUGCUUAAUACAUAUUAUUCCGGAACGCGAUUAACCCGCUACGUUAUCAUUAUGUGUGCCCGGUAUUAGUGGUUUGAAGCUCUGAGUUUAAUUCAUCUUUCUGUAGCACAGCAUCGUUUAUGUAUCGCUUUACGUUACGCGGCGUGGUUAAUAUGAUUGAACCAGUUUAUAAGCUCUUUCCAGCUAACAGUGAUCAUCAAACAGCAUCUUCCUGCUAUUUUGCAACGACCGCAGCAGCAAACAAUAUAGACCACAACUACGAGCGGGCUAUUGCCAAACUGAACACGCUGCAAUCAAACUAUAGUGCGCUCCAGGAUUCCAUUAAAUUUAAACAUCAGGAUGAAUCCAAACAUAUUAGCAAUACGGAAAAGUUCCUAAAUCGGAUACACAUUUCAAGUGAAACGCUAAACCGACUCGCCUUCAUACAUGUGGCUGGUACUAAGGGUAAAGGAUCGACCUGUGCAAUGGUUGAAUCAAUUCUUCGAUUCAAUGGUUAUCGCACAGGGUUUUUCAGCUCUCCACAUUUGGUGUCCGUCACUGAGCGCAUCAGGCUAGAUGGCCAGCCUAUAGGAAAGGAAUCUUUUGUAGAGCAUUUCUGGAAAAUUUACAACCAGUUAUUUGCGGCACAGCAAGAUAACAACGAUAUGCCUACAUACUUUGGCUUCUUGACGAUACUGGCGUUAGAUGUGUUUUUGACUUCCAAAGUGGAUGUAACCAUUUUAGAGGUCGGCAUUGGUGGAAGAUAUGACUGCACGAAUGUAAUUCAAAACACACCGGUUGUCGGUAUAACUUCCCUAGGAUUGGAACAUACUAAGCUGCUUGGUGAUACGUUAGAAGAAAUCGCCUGGCAAAAAGCUGGUAUCAUCAAAAAUGGUUCUGAUGUUUUCACUGUUGAACAGCCAGCCGAAUGUAAUAGAAUCAUCGAGCGAGAGUGUAUGCGAAAGAAGGCAAAUUUGCAUAUAGUCCCAUCUUCUCUAGAAGAGUUCCUUUGGGAGAAGGUACCUUCCAUGAUGAUGAAACAACGCAACAAAACUGCUGAAUUGAAUGUAUCGCUCGCCGUUCAAAUAGCAACAAAUUGGAUGCGACGUACUCGCCCUUGUUUGUUGCCUACGGUGGAGCAAAUGAUACCUGCAAAAAUUGUUCAAGGAAUUGAUAACUGUUUCUGGCCUGGCAGAUUACAAGUUCUCGAAUAUGCGGCUCAUAGAACCCUUUUUCUGGACGGUGCUCACACGGCUGACAGUAUUAAGGUGUGUGCAGGAUGGUUCAAAAAUAAUUCGCACAGCAAUUUUAAAAAACUUUUGCUUUUCAAUUCAACCGGAGAUCGGGAUGGUUUUAAAAUGUUAUCAGCGCUUACUCAUAGCGUGAAUUUCGAUGGAGCUUGCUUCACUCCGAAUGUAGCAUUUAGUGCCUCAUGUUCACACAAUGAUAGUGUAAAUCAUAACUUUCCGUUAGAACAACAAAUGGGACGCUGCGAACUAUACCGAGAGUAUUGGACGAAGCAACUAAAACAACGAAAUGCUUCAGUACACGAUUCAGUUCAAUCUGCAUUUCAAUAUCUACACAAUACCUUACUAACGAGUGAUGAACCGUGCGAUAUUUUGGUUACCGGCUCCAUACACUUGCUAGGAGCAACAAUCAGCGCUCUGCACUUGGAAAGCAAGUUGUUCUCCCAUGUUAAUAAAAUAAAGAUAUAAGUAAAUAAAAGCCCCUUAAUAUAUUUAUUUCCCGCAAGGAAACGUAAUUCCAUGUUUA